AUGUACAACAUCAUAUUAAUUUUACACAUUAACUUGAAGAAAUGUAACUUUAUAAUUACUAGUUUUUUAUUCUUAGGAUAUGUUGUAAGUGUAGAUGGAAUCAAAGUAGAUGAAGAAAAAAUCAGAACUAUGAAAGAUUGGCCAACACCAAUCACAAUUGUUCAAGUUCAAAGCUUUCAUGGGUUAUCAUCAUUUUAAGAAGAUUCAUUCAAAAUUUUAAUUCAAUAAUAUUUUCAAUUACUAAAUAUAUGAAAAAUUGUAAUUUUCAAUAGACUAAUAAAACUAGUAAAAGUUUUACUAUGAUAAAAGAGAAAUUAUGUUUUACUCAUGUUGUAGUCCUGCUAAAUUUUGAUAAACUAUUUAAAGUGAAAUGUGAUGCAUUCAUAGUUGGCAUUAGAAGUGUAUUGUAG